AUGGCAGAUGAAAAUUUGGUUUUUACCUAUGAAAACUACCUCACUGAUGGGACUCUUGAUUUGCCUAUUGAUUUUAUUCCUGGCAUGAGAGACAUACGAUUGAAGGAUCUACCAAGCUUCAUUAGAACAACUGACCCUAAUGACAUCAUGUUUAACUUCAUGGGAGAGGAAGCACAGGAUUGUUUAAAUACUUCUGCAAUUAUUUUCAACACGUUUGAUGCAUUUGAACAUGAGGUGUUAGAGGCAUUUGUGUCCAAGUUUAAUUAUCGUAAUAUUUACACAAUUGGGCCUCUUCCGUUGCUAGACAGGCAUGUGCCUGAAAGCGAAGUCAAAUCACUUGAUUCAAGUUUAUGGAAACUAGACCCACACUGUCUUGAAUGGUUGAGCCAAAGAGAGCUACACUCGGUUUUGUACGUGAACUAUGGGAGUGCGACAACAAUGUCUCAGCACCACUUCAUCGAAUUUGCAUGGGAACUUGCAAAUAGCAAGCAACCAUUUUUAUGGAUUGUUCGGCCUGACCUUGUGCUGGGAAAAUCAGCCAUAUUGCCUGAAGAAUUUCUUGAGGAGACAAAGGACAGAGGAUUGCUAGCUAGUUGGUGUGCACAAGACGAAGUGCUAAAAUAA